GUAGCGGUACGUGCCCGACACUGGCGCCACUCGCGAGUUUCAACUCCGAACUCCCAAAGGCCAACAGCACUCAUCAUAGUAUAGUACAACUCCUAAAUUUAAGAUUCGCGAACGUGUUUUCCGGCGGCGGACAUUCAUCUGUUCUCUACAACCCUUUAUACCAUACAUGAAAAUGGCGGCUGAAUCUCUCCGCCCAGGAUUUUUUAAUGAGGCCCAGUUCAAGAAUCGUGGGAGCUUCUCAAGUUAUUAUCCAAAAAUGCGUGCUUCUGCAAGUUUCAGCUCAAGAGCUUUUCGGGCUUCUCAAGAACCUCUUGAUGAUGACAAGAACAAGUUCUACAAAGAACUGGGUAUGUUCUCCUUGAGGAAGAGAAUAGAAGAUUCUAUUCUCCGUGCGCAGAUGUUAGCACCGACAGCCUUGGAGCUUGAAGAAGCGAAGCAUGUCAAUCAGGAAGAAGUUGUUCGUGAUUAUGACUUAUGGGAUGACCUAAGUAAAUCAAAUGAAAUCCUUAUCAAACUGGCCGAUAGUGCUAAGGUGGUCGAUACUCUUAGGGAUCUUAAGUAUAAGGCAGAGGAAGCUAAACUCAUCACAGAGCUUGCAGGGGUGGAUGCUAUUAAUUAUGCACUUUUUAAGCAAGCAUACAGUGUUUCUUUGGACGUAAACAAGUUUCUGGAUAAGUAUGAGAUGUCCAAGCUUCUUAAGGGGCCAUAUGACACGGAGGGAGCAUGCAUCACUCUUGAAUCCAGACAUGGAGACAUUUACUCUGAGAGAUGGGUAGGACAACUCACACAGAUGUACAUGAAAUGGGCUGAAAGGCAGGGCCAUGCAGGGAGGAUAGUAGAGAGAUGUCCUUCCAAUAAUGGUGGUCUCAGGUCUGCUACGAUUGAACUAGAAUUCAGAUUUGCUUAUGGCUAUCUAUCAGGGGAAAGAGGGGUCCACUCUGUGAUUAGAAAUUUUGAGAAUAACAGUGGCCAUCGUGAGGCUACUUUGGCAUCAGUGGAUGUGAUUCCUCUAUUCAUUGAAUCAUCUCCUGAUCUGUCAAUUGAUGACAAGGAUAUACUCGUUUCGUACCCUUCACAUUGUGAGGACAGUCCAUGUCGGACUUCACCAGCUGUUCAUGUUCAGCACAUACCAACAGGUUUAGAAGUUCGAUCCACGGGUGAAAGGAGUCGCUUUGCAAACAAGGUAAAAGCAAUCAACCGUUUGAAGGCUAAACUUCUCGUUCUUCUAAGGGACCAAGGACUAUCUAGCGUAAAUAGUAUCAAGAAAGGUGCUACAAGGGCUACGUCGAGUCAAGAAACUCGGAAGUAUGUGCUGCGGCCGAGCAAGAUGGUGCAUGAUCUGAAGUGUGGUGUUCAGCUUCCUGAUGUAAAUGCUGUUUUAAAUGGAAAUCUUGACCCUCUUAUUGCUGCUCACAUCAAUUCUAGACAAUCUAGUAUUUGUCAAUAAACCAGCUUAGCUUGUUCUGUCCAUUCCAGAGAUGGUUUCUUCUGCUUGGAUUCUUGAUGCCACCAUUUGGGACAAUGAGUUUUGGUCUUUUACCACUUUUUGAUAUGAAGUGAUCUCAUUUUUCCUUCUU